CGCUGAGAUUCAUGGCGUUCGCGUGAUACAAAGAAGAUGAUAAAGCUGCCCAUGGAAUGCUGAGAAAUCAAAGUCGGGCGCGGAUGAAUCCCACGCUCCUUCCUCCGGCUUGAUGACCAAAGCUAUCUCCGCAACUAACUGUUGAUAAGAAGUCGCGGUGGAGAUAUAUAAGACAGACAUAAGUAUCAUCAGACGAUAACAUCUCCAUCCAAAGUUCAAUAGCUAUCUACAACAUCAUGGCAACAUACCUCAUCACAGGCGCUUCCAGAGGCAUUGGCCUCGAGCUGACCAAGCAAUUGCUGGACCUUCCAGCCUCUCAAGUCUCUAAGAUUUUUGCCGUAGCCCGCACCACAGAUACGGGACUUCUCCAAGAACUUGUCCAGAAACAUUCCGACCGUAUCGUUCCCAUCUCCGCAUCGGUUCAGGAUAACGCAAGUGUACAAAAGGCUGUUGAGGCUGUCAAGGCCAAUCUGCAAGGUAAAGGCCUCGAUGUCUUGGUCAACAAUGCCGGAGUUAUGGACCACAGCCCUGGCAAAAUUGGAAGUAUGGAGACAGAUCAGUUGACAUGGACCCUCGACAUCAACGUUGUGGGCGUGCAGAGAGUCACUGCUGCCUUCUUGCCAUUGCUCGAACAGGGCACACAAAAGAAGAUCGUCAACAUCUCUUCCGGCUUCGGCUCAUUUGCCUAUGUUGCGUACACCGCUGCCAUACCUGCAGAUGCCUACAACAUCUCCAAAGCCGCAUUGAACAUGUUGACCGUGAGAUAUGCCCAUCAGUAUGCAGAUGCCGGGUUCACUGUCGUUGCAUUGUCUCCUGGAUGGAUCAAGACGGACAUGGGCUCUCAAGACGCAGACUUGAGCGUUGAGGUAGGCGUCGCUGAGGUGAAGCGAGUCAUUCUCGAAAGUGGAAAGGAGCAGAACGGAAAAUUCCUCAAUAUCAACGUUCCAAAGACGGACGAGAUGAAGUGGAGCUACGAUGGUCAGGACAUCCCUUGGUAAUGUGGUACAACCCCAUCUCGGUAUGCAUGGGGAGUUGUAUGUCCAGUAUUCUCGAACAAAUCAUAAUUCAAUUGCCUUAAUACAAUUUUAGUCCAGC